AUGAGGAAAAAAAUUGUGUUUGUCUGCUCCAUCUUUGUGCUGCUUUCUUGCAGCCCCGCGUCGUCCGAACAGUUGGGCAUCCAGAAGAAGAAAAAAAAUCUGGAGCAGGACGCCAUGCACGCGCUGAUGAAGAAGUUGGAAAGUCUGUACAAACUGAGCGCGACGGACAACGGAGAAAUUUUUAACAAAGAAAUUGAUGCUUUAAAGAAACAGAUUGACCAGUUGCACCAGCAUGGUGGGGGAAACGAAGGGGAGAGUUUAGGCCACCUUUUAGAAAGCGAAGCCGCAGACGAUUCGGGAAAGAAAACCAUUUUUGGUGUGGACGAAGACGAUCUGGAUAACUACGACGCGGACUUCAUCGGGCAGAGCAAAGGCAAAAUUAAAGGGCAAGCGGACACAACCGCCGUAGCUAAACCCCCCACAGGCAGUGGGGCAGGGGCUCAUGGGAGUCACUCACCUCCCAAACCAAGUGUACUGGUAGUGCCUGGCAAAUCUGGUAAAGAGGACAGUGUGGCCACAUUGGAAAACGGGUAUGAAAGUAUCCAUGGAGAAGAUGAGCCACGGGAAGAUUCCACGUCACAUGAUAGUCCACCCGCUCUUCCAGUGGGACGAUCAGAAGGGGACUCCUCUGCGUCAGGAGGGGGCACAGAGGGCCAACAACCAGAUCCUGCUUCUGCACGAGGAAGUCAAGCAUCAGGCGGAAGAGGCGGAGGAGACCAAACAAAUACGACCCAACCUGCUGGAGGUCAACAAUCGUCCUCUGCAGCAAGAUCUCUACAAGCACCCCAUGCAGGAGAUUCACAACUACCCAAUGCAGGAGGAGAUCCACAAUCGCCCGCUGCAGCAGGGCAUCAACAACCGCCCACUUCACCCCCAGCAAACAAUGAAGGAACAACUGUAACUCAGGAAUCAGCAUUGGCAGCCACUCCACCAAAAGGCACCGCUGACUCGAACGAUGCGAAAAUUAAGUACUUAGAUAAGCUCUAUGAUGAGGUUCUAACCACGUCAGACAAUACCAGCGGGAUCCACGUGCCGGACUACCACAGCAAAUACAACACGAUAAGGCAGAAGUAUGAAUAUAGCAUGAACCCAGUGGAGUAUGAAAUUGUGAAGAAUCUUUUUAACGUCGGUUUUAAGAAUGAUGGGGCGGCAUCUUCAGAUGCUACUCCCCUAGUUGACGUUUUUAAAAAAGCGUUAGCUGACGAGAAAUUUCAGGCCGAAUUUGACAACUUUGUGCACGGGCUGUAUGGAUUUGCUAAAAGACACAGCUACUUAAGUGAGGCACGAAUGAAGGACAAUAAACUCUACUCCGAUUUGCUGAAGAACGCCAUCAGCUUGAUGAGCACUCUUCAGGUGAGUUGA